CAAGGUGCAGUGUGUUGUACUGGUCCCGGGUUCCCUGCACUCACUGGUCUGUCAAUCAGAGAGGAGACGAUCAGUGAGUGCUCACAGGGGGAGGAUUGAGCUGCAGCGGCGGCCACACACACACACACACACACAGAGGCUCCAACUCAAACCCCAAACCCCAACUCCAUGGCUGACAACACUUUGAUCGAGGACAGCGAUCCUUACGCGGAGAAGGAAGAGCUGCAAUGGGGGUACGAAGAAGGAGUGGAAUGGGGGCUCCUGUUCCCUGAGGCUAACGGCGAGUACCAGUCUCCUAUAAACCUCAACUCCAGAGAGGCAAAGUACGACUCUUCACUGCUGGAGAUACGUUUGUCACCAAACUAUGUGGUUUGUCGGGAUUCCGAAGUAAUAAACGACGGCCACACUAUUCAGCUGCUGCUCAAGUCCAAAUCAGUUUUAAGUGGUGGCCCUUUGCUUAGAAAUCAUGAAUAUGAAUUGCAUGAAGUUCGAUUUCACUGGGGUAAAGAGAACCAGCGUGGCUCUGAACAUACUGUGAAUUUUAAAGCCUUUCCCAUGGAGCUCCAUCUUAUCCACUGGAAUUCAACUCUGUUCAACAGCAUUGAUGAAGCUCUGGGGAAGAAAAAUGGAAUAGCUAUCAUUGCUUUGUUUGUUCAGAUAGGAAAGGAACACUGGGGCCUGAAGGCAGUCACUGAAAUCCUUCAGGAAAUUCAGUACAAGGGCAAAUCAAAAACCUUACCCUGCUUCAAUCCUAACACCCUACUACCUGAUCCACUCCUUCGAGAUUAUUGGGUGUAUGAAGGCUCUCUCACCAUUCCUCCAUGCUGUGAAAAUGUGACUUGGAUAUUAUUCCGAUACCCUUUAACAAUCUCGCAGCUCCAGAUAGAAGAGUUCAGAAGGGUACGGUCACAUGUAAAAGGAGCAGAACUGCCUGAUGGCUGUGAUGGGAUUUUAGGAGACAAUUUUAGGCCAACUCAACCACUCAGUGACCGCGUCAUCAGAGCUGCAUUCCAGUAAGGAACAGGAUUGAUUUCAGGAUGAAGACAAUGAACCCACAGUAUCCCACUGUAUGAGAAAU